ACGUGUUAGAUGUUUUUGUUUUAUCCUCUCGUCAAGUAAAUUUUUGACAUCGAAGAGGUGUUUAAUAUAUUCAGUUCCAUUGGUGACCAAACAUUAAUCGUGAACAUUUGUUUUUAAUUUACACAGAAGAAGACAUUUUAUUUAUAUAUACUCUUUCAAAUUUCAUUCCACGAUGUGGUACAGAGGAGGCUUCACACCUGUUGCCAUUCCUAUGGUAGCCAUGACUUUCAUGGCGGCAUUUUACGCGCCUGUGUCAUGUGAACCUGUGAAUGUAGCGUUAAAUAAAAACGUUGAAGCUCAAUAUACAUGUGGAUUUUACGGAGCCGAACAAUAUUAUGACCACAAAGAUGUAAAAGUUAGUCCGCAGCAAAGAAGCAAACUUACCUGUGCUACUGUCAAUAUGCAUCCUCCAUCCGCAUUGGUUGAUGGUUCGACCACUACCAAGUGGCAGAGUACUUCAAGAUUGAAUAUUUACACUCAAACUAAUCUUAAUCCAGCAGGAACUGGGGAUUUAGAAGCUAUCCUAAAGAUAGAUUUGCAACAGGAUUUUUUAGUGGAGAAAAUCAUAAUUAAAUUGGAAGAUUCUUUAAGACCAGAUCGAAUAGCAGUCUCUAAAUCAAAUGAUGGAAACCAGUUUAUUCCCUGGGCUUAUAAAGUAACAGAACAAGAUGACUGUAGUGGGAAAUUUUCCUCAUCUUUUAAACCAUUACCAACAAGUUCAGGAGAUACUGUCUGUGCAACCUACCCCAAACCCUUGCCACAGACAUUUGAAACGAUUGAGUUUGAUUUCAGUUCAGUAGCUCCAGAAUUAAGGGAAUGGAGAAGAGUCAAAUAUUUGGAGAUAAGAUUUUAUAAGAUGCCUUUGGUCUUUGCUGUUGCUGGAACUGCAUUUCAACAUUAUAGUAUAUCAGAAUUAGAAGUAUUGGCUGAAUGUUCCUGUAAUGGACAACAAAUUGGAUGUAAACAGGAUAAUACAACUAAAGAAUAUGUGUGUGAAUGUGGUGGCAAUACCAAAGGUCAAUUCUGUGAAAUGUGUAUGUCAUUCUUCAACCAGAAACCUUUUGUGUAUGGUGUUCCUUGUGAAAGCUGUAAUUGUAUGAAUCAUGCUACUGAGUGUUCGUAUGAUAAAGAUAUUGAUGCUGGUAAACAGAGUAUAAAUAGUACUGGACAGAAAAGUGGUGGUGGGAAGUGUUUGGAUUGUCAGGACUAUACAGCUGGCAUAAAUUGUGAGAAUUGUUCACCAUUUUUCUUUAGGCCUCUAAAUAAAAGUCAAACUGAUAAAGAUGCAUGUGUAGCAUGUGGAUGUUCUUCACUUGGAUCAGAUGCUAAUCCUGUGUCAGGGCUUGUUGCUGAUUGUAUAAUGAACAAUGAAAGACUACUAAAUUCAGGACAGAAUCCAGGGGAUUGUUUUUGCAAGAAGAACGUUAUUGGUUCAAAGUGUGAUACAUGUAAAGAAGGAUUCUUUAAUCUUAGAGUUGAUAAUAAUGAAGGAUGUGAAGAAUGUGGCUGUUUUACAUCUGGUACUGUUGGUGGAAGUACAGUUUGUGAAGCCGAUUCCAUAGGACAAUGUCCUUGUAAGGCUAAUGUUGGAAAUAGAAAAUGUGAUGUCUGUAAAGAUGGCUUCUAUAAUCUUGUUGCAGUUAAUCUUGCAGGCUGUACUCCAUGUGGUUGUGAUGUUGGUGGAUCUUUAAGUAUGAUUUGCGAUAAAACAUUUGGCAAGUGCUCUUGUAGACCUAAUAUUAAUGCUACAAAAUGCGAUAUGCCUAAUACUGGUUUUUAUUACCCAGAUGUCCACUUCAUAUCUGCAGAGUUUGAAUCUGGAACUGGAGAUGCCUCUCUUAGUCAAGAACCACAGUAUGCAGGAUACAAAGGCUAUGGCUAUGCUGAUUUAAAAUCUGGAAAUGUGGUUGGUGUGAAUAUGGUGAUACCUGGGGGAACUCAAUUAUCAUCGAAAUUUAUUUUUGUAAUAAGGUACAGAUCCACACAAGCAGCCUCUGGACUGUUAAAAAUAAAAGGUAGUGAUAUACCAGAAACAACUGUUAGUUUCCCUGUAUGUUCCACCGGCUGGUGUUAUGUGAAUACACUUAGUAUCCGUAGUAAUUAUACACUUCCGCUUACUGCUACUAUAACAAUCAGAGUUCUGCAACCAAUAUUAUUGGACCAGAUUGUUGCUGUGCCAGUGGAAUUUAAUAGUCCUGAUGCCUCAUUGGUAGAUAGUUCAUUUGGUAAUGUUUGUAAUGUUUUGGAGAACAGUCUUGGUGAAGGAAAUGUUGAAGUAGAGAAAUUAUGUAAGAAAAGUAUAUAUUCAAUGACUACAUAUUAUUUGAAUGGUGCCCUGCCUUGUAAAUGUGAUCCUGAAGGUAGUUUUAGCACCGACUGCUCACAGUAUGGUGGAUUAUGUAGCUGCAAAGUAGGAGUUGGUGGAAGGAAAUGUGAUGAAUGUCUACCAGGAUUUUAUGAUCAUUCAAUCACAGGUUGCAAACCUUGUGAUUGUAAAGGAACUAAUAAGUUUUGUAAUAAGGGAACUGGUCAGUGUGUGUGUCCACCCAAUACUAUAGGUAGAACAUGUGAUCAAUGUGCUAUUUAUCAUUGGAACUGGAAUUCAACAGUUGGCUGUCAGCCAUGUGGAUGUGAUACAACAGGAUCAAUACAACUAGGCUGUAAUUCUGCUACAGGUAUAUGUACAUGUAAGAUAGGUGUACAAGGAGAGAAAUGUAACGAAUGUAUAGAUAACUAUAAAGGAUUUAGUUCUAGUGGUUGUUCAUCAUGUUUAUGUUCAACUGUAGGAUCAAAUGGUACGGUUUGUAAUAAAACAUCAGGACAGUGUUCUUGUAAGAGUAAUGUUGCUGGCUUGUCUUGUGAUAAAUGUUCUGAUACAUCUUUUUACUUAAAUGGAAACAAUGAACAGGGAUGUUUAGACUGUAUAUGUAUGGGAAUCACAAAAACAUGCUCUUCUAGUUCACAACGAGUAAUAGUGAUUUCCACAUUGUUAACAACGAAUUCUGGUACUGGUGGACAGUUAAAAUCAUCUAGAAAACUGAGUAACAAUCAGGGCAUUAUCAAUGAAAACAUAGCAAUUAAUGUUAUUACUUCUGAUACUACACCUUAUCUUUCUGUGACAUUUAAUGUCUCCUCAUCUGAAUAUUGGAUGGCGCCAGAUGACCUAAAAGGCAACCUUUUAACCUUGUAUGGUACAACCAUUGACAUUGAGAUUUUAUACACUGGUAGUGGUGUAGCUAUGCCACCACAAGCUAUUAUGGUUGGACAGAAAGGUCGCUACAUUCAUAAUUUUGGCACAAGCAUAACCGCAGAUACAAGGCACUCACUAAGCAUACCUUUAUCAGAAAAAUAUUGGGUAAAAGAAGGAACUUCAACUGUUUUGUCAAGAAGUGAUUUUAUUCUAGCCAUUAGUGAAGUUAAAUAUAUUUUACUGCCUGCUUCUUUUCUCGGUGGAACACAUACAUCCAAGUAAGUUAGAUUUAUAUCUAUUAGGUUUAACAAAAAUUGUACUCUUCUAUCAGAUACAGUUUCAUGUUCUUCAUGUGCAUAAAUAUCCUGAAAUGGUUUAAACAGAUAUACAGUCUGCUCUCCUAGUCUACAGGGUCUGAUCUGAGAGACGAAAUUAAACCAAAAUAUUACUGUAAAACAAGAAAUCCAUGUAUGGAGAGUGUCAUAUUUUCAGCUAACAUUUAAUAUUUUGAAAAAUGUAGUAAACCAGAAUUAACAGUAAUUCUUCCUAAAAACAAAUCAUUUCCAAUAUCACUAAAACAUUUUUGUA